AUGGAUAUCGCUUCUCUAAAGCCACUUGAGUCCAGGCCCAAGAGCAGCAUGGGGAACAGAGUCCUGUCCUCUGACAGCUUUUUCAUGGUGGAGCCUCAGCCUGAAAGAUCAGCAAGUAAAAUACACUCCUCUCUGAAGCCCCAGAGAGACAGGCCUCUGCAGAGAUCGCAUCUUUCCAGAACUUGGUCUGCAGCUGAGACUAGUAGAGCACCUGGAGCUAUGACCCGAUACGUGCCUGGAAGUGGAAUCUGGAUUGCAGGCUCCAAGUUCUCUGGGGAACACACAGGUAGCCUAAGUGACAGCCCUUCAGAUACUUCAGAUGUUCUUCAGAGGCAUCUGCUGAAGAUCCCACCACGGCGCCCACGCCCACCUAGCAUCAGCCCACCUCGUAUCCGAUUUGAUUCAGUCUCCAAGGUUUUUGAAGAACUCUCAAUUGGUGAUAAGUCAUGGAAGAGCCCACAAAAGAAGGCUUCACCACACAAGUUCUCAACUGUGAAGAAGGUGGAACCAAAGCAGGGGGAACCAAGCUUUCCAUGGGUUUCUGAAGAAAAGAAGAGUAUAACCAAAGGAAAACAAGCUGACCAAAAGAAGCUGAAAAUAGGCAGCACAGGUCCUUCAAGCCCCGAGGAGAACAACAAAACUGAGAUUUGUGAUAAGAAGACAACAGCUCAGGCUGCGAGCACAGAUGCUGCCGGCAGCCGGGGCUACCCACUCUGUGCAACAUACAGAAAACGACGUGGAAGGAAAGGAUGGAGCACUUCAGGAAUGAGUGGCCAGCAAAGGAGUUUUAAGCAGUGCAGCCCAGGGUUUGGCCUGGUUGAGGGAGCUGGGUCCCUAUCUUCUGAAAAGACUGCCCAGAAGUGCUUUUUCUAUCACCAGCCCUUGGAGGAGCAAGUUGUGGGGCAGCCCACAACUCCACAAACAGAAACCGCUGUUCCCCAGCAUUUGCUUUCAGAUAAAGACAACAUGGGAAGGAGAGAUGCUGGUACUGAUUUUGAAGCCAGAGAAGCAUCAGCAUCACAAGCCAUACCUGCAGACAUAGAAGAAUCCCUGGCUAGUGGCCCAUCACCAUACCACGAAGAUGGGGCUUCUGGGGCCGAGAAGACAGAAGCCAGAACUUCUCUUUUACCAGUGGUGGAAAGCCCUUCUACAACCCAGGAAGAUGUUGUUUUUCCGGUGGCAGUGGGGGCUCAGGGGUUUAUGGAUCCUUCUCGUAGUCAGGCAGAAGAGGAAGGAGCUUCCUGCCUUGAUUCAGCAAGUGUCCAGUUGAAAGUGGAGUCGGUUUAAGACAUCCCAACUGGCUGCAAAGAACAGCCUCCUGGGCAUGUUCUCCAAGACUUUACUGCAAGCAUUUCAGGUAUGGCAAAUGUUUUGGUGGAGGGAGGCAUUUCUGCAGAGAGGCUGCCUCCCAGAAGCCUUUCUCGGUCUUUGGAAAAGUCCAAAGCUGAAGUCGCCUCAGGUUCAGAGAGCAUGUCAGAGGCAGGGAGUGUUUCUGAGCAGCAGAUGGCUCCCAGAGACUCUUUCCAGUCCUUGGAGGACCCUGGAGAGGAACAAGAAGUCUCCUCAGGUUCAGAGAGUGCAUCAGAAGAGGAUGCGGCUCCCAGAGACUCUUUCUAGUCCUUGGUGAAGCCUGAAGAUGGUCAAGAAGUCUUCACAAAAUCAAAACGUUUUGUGGAAUUGAGUUCUGAUGAGCAGCUGACUCCCAGAUGCCCUUCCCAGCCCUUGGUUAGGCCUAAAUUCCAGCCACAGACUAGGACCCUUGACUCAGUGAGUGCUUCAGUCAGAUGGAGUGGUCCUGUGGAGCCAGUGCAUCCCAGAUACACCUUCCACCCCAAAGUUGAGCAACAAGCCUCUGCUGCUCCAGAGAAUGCCAAGGCUGAGGAGAGCAUUUCUGUGGAGGUGCAGCCUCCUAGAUGCCCUUUCCAGGCCUGGGAGAGCCCUAUAUUGGAGCAACAAGUCUCUGUAGGUCCAGAGAGUGCCGCCAUGGAGUGGUGCAUUUCUGUGGAACCGCUGCCACCCAGAGAGCCUUCUCAGCCCCUCAUGAGACCAGUAGCCAAGCAGGGAGUCUAUUCAUGUCCAGUGAGUGCUCCUGCAGAAUGGCAUGGUCCUGUGGAGCGCAGGCCUCGCACAUAUGCUUUCCAGCCCUGGGGGAGCUGCCACUUUGAGCGCCUAGCCUUUGUGGGUCCAGAGAGCAUCGCGGCUAAGAGGAGCAUUUCUAUGGAGCAGAGGCCUCCCAGAAUGCCUUCUCAGUCACGGAUGGAACCAGUAGUCCACCAACCAACCUCUGCAGGUCCAGAGAGUGUCGCCAUUGAGGAGGGUGCUUCUAAAGAGCUUUCCCCAACCACUGUGAGGUCCAGGGAUGGGGCUAACUUCCAGCCACAGAUUUCCUCAACAAGCUCAGCGAGUGCACCUGUAAAGUGGAGCAGUUCUAAGGAGCGUCUGCCUCCCAGACACCCUUUUCAGGCUUUGGCAGACCCUGAAUAUCAGCAACAGGUUUAUUCAAGGUCUGUGACUGCUGCUGCUGAGGGAACCAUUUUUGAGAGCAAUCCCAGCAGCUGGCCCCUACCAAGAGGCCCAGCUUCUCCAGACAGAACCAAGAAACACAGCCAAGGCUUCAGAGAGCUCACUGAGAACAUCCCAGCUUCUGCUACCGAAUCGUUCACCACCACCCCUGCCUGGCAAAGUCCUUCUGUGGGCACUGACUCUCAGAAGGACGUUGUUGAGAGUAGUGAUCAAGAUAACAGCCACUCAAGCUUAUCUACCAAUUGUUCUGAUAUUGAAAACCUUUUUGGAGCCCAAUUGAGAAACGUCCCUUCCUCGCAGAGGUACAGGUGUGAGAAACAAGAUGAAACAAGAAAAAAUUUACCGAAUUUCCUUCAUUCUCCUUGGGCCUGAAGUCAUUCUCCUUAGGUAGUGAACAGCAAAUCAGAAGAAGUGCUUCGCAGGGGCUCCUGAGCACCACAGAGGAUUGCCCCAUGAUAUCUGGCCUUGCAGAGUAGCAACACAGCAGGUCCAGAUCUGAAAGCAUGGCCAAGAAGCAGCCUGCUUACCAGAUCCCAGGAAAGACUUUAUCUUUGCAGAUGGCAAGUAGGCACCAAGUGGAGGGAAAACUGGAAAUCAGUCUUGAAUGAGAGGCAGUCUGUCCUAGCCUUGCCUGCUGAGCUGUUGCUUUGAUAGGGCUGGCUUGUGGAUUUAGGGGCAGCAUAGUGGUUCAUUCUAGAUUAGUGGAUUUGGAGGUGGUUAAUUUUGAGUCUUCCACUUCUCAAGGGGGUCUCCUCUGGACAUCUAUCCAUAUUCUGCAAUGGGCACAGGACCAUCUCCCCAUUCACUCAACUCCCACCCUCUGUAUACCUUACAUUUAGAUGGGAUUUUAUGCUUUUCUCAACUGUAUUUUUCAUGUAUUAUGCUUCCCCCAACACCAAGUAUACUUUCAAAGCCAACUCAUUAAUAAAGCACUAUGUUCAGCCUCUCGGCUUGAAAUCUUAAGUUACUGUGAACGUUUGUACUUCCGCAGUACAAACUGCUUCGAAUUCUCU